CUGGCUCAUCGCGUUCGCGAGGCUGUACCGGACCUAGAUCGAUCUGUGUCGGAAUCCCCGUCCGGUGUUCGAACCCUGUUCUAUUUACUCGAUUUGGCCACUUUCUUUGAUUUGGUUGAGGCCGAACAGUGGCAAGCUGCACUGGACCACGUUGACCAGCUCGGUCUAUUCCCAGCGAACGCGAAAGCUGCUCACAUUGAUGCACGUAUUGCCCUGUUCACUCAGCUUCCCGAUUGUAUUCGGCGUCCGCUCCCGCUCGCCUUGUUGGCAUUGAUGCGAUGCCUGAUCGGCAUUGCAAAAAAACACAUGAACUCUCCGGAAUCAACAACCGAUGUAAAUGGUGGAUCCAGUUUGACUUUGACAACGAUCCGAAAUCGUGCAAAAGCGCUUAUCACCUACGUGGGCCGCAUCCCGUUCCGACUUCCCGGGGACGUAUAUGCCCGACUCACUCAGAUGCAUAUGGAACUCGUGUAA